AUGGCUUCUGCCAUAACAAAGAGUGAAAUUGAUGAAAUAAAAAGCGCUAGAGUUGCAAGAAAUAUCUGUAAAAAAUAUAACAUCGAUUCAACCGGAACAAAAACUUUGCAGGAUUUUAAAGACCGAUUAGACUUAUUUCGAAGAGAUGCAACAAUUGAAAACUAUAAAAGUUCCUACUGCAAACGAAGGAUCCAAGCUGCUAUCACUAAAUUUGAGGAAAGCAAAUUACAAGUAAUCAACUUAUCGUUACAAGCAAAGGAGCUUAUAUUUCAAGAAUUACAACCGGAAAUUGUCGAUAUAGUCAAUGUCAUUGACGAACACUAUUUAGAGAAUAUUAAUAACCAGAUUGCGAAUUUUUACAAUAUGAAAUAUCCAAUUCUUGUUGCAGGAGAAGUAAGCGCUGGAAAAAGUAGUUUAAUUAACUUAAUCUUAGGAAAAUCGGUACUGCCAGUCGGCCAUUUGCAUACCACAAAGUGUAUAUGUCAAUUACAUUAUUCCAUAGACUCUUGCUUGAAACCGUUUAUUUGGAAUAAACGGGAUAAAAAGUUAGAACCGUUGCAGCCAAUACAUAUCGAUAAAGUUUCUGACCUGGUUAAAAAGAUUAAAAGUGCCCAAGACCUGAUAUCCAAGAAAAAGAUCUCCACCAAUGCAGCCGAAGAAGGUCACAGUUCACUUCAGCAAGAUGAAGACUAUACAGAUACCGAAGAAACGCCUGUGCUCUCUACCUCAGUAAAUGAUAUUACCGUAAAUUGUGAUCUUCCUGAUGUAGAACUGACAAGUGGAAAGAUUGAAGUUCAUUGGAGUUUUGACUUUCUGAAGGAUGGAAUCUUCUUAGUAGAUAGCCCAGGGAUAGGUGAAACAUCUUUAGCAACACAGCAGCUCGUAAAUUAUUUGCCUAAAGCCUGCUCGCUUGUUUACGUCAUCAAUCCCUCAAAUGCUGGGGGUAUACUAGAAGACCGACUUGUAAGACUCUUAAGAGUGGCUCAAAAUACAGGAAAUGGAAAUUUUAAGAGAUUCUCCCCAGAAUCAGCCAUUUUUAUCUGUAAUAAAUGGGAUCUUAUCUCCGAUACAAAUCGACCCAAGGUUGAAGAAAGUAUUAAGAAAAAUUUAAAACGACUUUGGCCAGGUUUUCACGAUUCUCAGCUCAUAUUAUUAUCGAGUCAAAUCACAGCAAAUCAUCUCAAAGCUGGAUAUAUAUCGGACGAUUUGAAAACAGUAUAUUCCCUUCUUUCUCAGCUACUGGAAGAUAGCUUGAAGAAGACAAUAGUAAAUUAUAGCUGUUGGUUGGACACUUUAUUGAAGGUUGUAGCCCAUAGAUACCGCUUGUUAGCGAAUUGCUCUCGCUUGGAUCAGAAAAACCGUAUCUCUUACUUGGACAGUCUAAUAAAUAACACCUCAUCUGCAAAGACUGUCGUAGAAAAUCAAGAUUUUCAUAUAGGCAUUGAAAAAAUUAUCGAUGAUAACACUGAACAAAUUACAACUUCUUUGCUUCAUUUUUUUAAUAGUAAUAAAUUUAAAUUUUCGAUGACGCAUUGGACAUUAGAUGACAUACCAAUUCGUGAAAAAGUUACUAAUAUCGAAGAUGUUAUUAGUAAACUAAUUGACGAUCGAUUUAUUCGCUUAUUAACUGUUUGGGAAGAUCAUAACAAUUUACUCAAACAAUUUUAUGUAAAAGUACGAAAAUCUCUAGAUUCGCGCUAUGAACAGGCUUUAAAGGAAUUAGAUGAUUUGGAAAAUAAGUUAGCAGUGGAUGUUUCCAUUUUAAAUAAUAUACAGGACCUAGAAAACGUUUCGUCACUUAUAGAAAACAGCUCAUACGCGGAUGGUAUUCCGUCUAAAGGAAAAGGAUUACGUCGAAGUCUACUUGCCGGUCUGGGAGUUGUUACUGGAACACUUAGUGGUAGUGCUGUAGGUGCUACUGUCGGCCUUACUAUUGCAGAUGGAGUUGGUGCUGCUGUUGUCGGAGGAGUAAUUGGUGGAGCAACAGCUGGUAUAGGAAUUAUUAUUACUAUCAUUGUUGCGGCUGCUGUGGUUACUGCAAUCUGGUCUGCAAGUAAAAUCAAUAGACAAACAAAAAGGAUUCUGCAUGUAUUAGAAAAAAUUUCACCUAAAAUUCUUUCGGAAUUGGCCCAAAAAAAUAAAGCGAGACAAGUUGCACUAAAUUAUACCAAUCCAGUUAAAGAAUCUAUCGAGAAUAUGCGAAGGCAGAUGAUUCGGCAAGUAGAGGCAAAUGAAACUCUCAUUAAUCAAGUUAAUCAAAAAGAUUAUUCUAUGGCAAGGGAUAUCGCCUUAGAUAAAAUUAGCAUUAUUAAUAAACUCAGGAAAAACAUUAAUGAUGUUCUCAAUAGUUACGACUGCGGAAUAUAA